AUGAAAAGUCCAUCAAUCGAUCUUGGCCUGCUUUCAGAUGCAUCGUCAACCCAACACGAACAAGAACUGCGAAAACUUUGUUCUGUUCUUAAUUCAUGGGGUUGCUUACAGCUUGUGAAUCAUGGGAAGGAAUUAUUUGCUCUGCCAUUAGAGCAAAAACAGAAGCAUAACACAACAUUAGACUGGUUUGAAGGUUAUGGAGGUGCUACAAUUUCUGAGGGUCAGAAUUACAACUGGAAUGAUAGACUGCAUCUCAGAGUCAAUCCUGUUGAUCAGCGCAAUUUCAACUUUUGGCCUGAAUAUAUUCUAAAUUUCAGGGAAACAUUGGAGGAGUACGCCGUGGAAGUGAGGAGAGUAACAAAAUCCCUCUUAAAGGCGAUUGCAAAAUCAGUCGAGUUGGAUGAAGACAGCUUUCUGAAAGAGUGUGGAGAAGACGAGAUGAUGAGAAAUGGCAAACUGAAGAGUGUGGUGCACAAGGUUGUGAUUGAUAAGGAGUAA